AUGCAGACCCAGGAUGCCCGGCAUGACCACCCGCAAGUUCUGGGUGGUUCGCAAGUAAGCGGGUCACUGGCUUGCUGCGCCUGCGACGCUCAGCCCCUCACCCUCCCACGCAGCACCUGGGGCAACGACUGGGGGAGAAACGGCUACAUUAAAAUGAAAAGAGGCGAAAACCUCGCAGCUAUAGAGUCCCAAGCAGUUGCAAUAGACCCAGAUUUGAGAAGAGGCAGAGCAGCGCUGCUUGUGCAGCAGCUCCGGGCUCAGGCCGCCAGCCAACAGCAGCAAAGCGCUGCUGCGUAA